AGGUGAGAGACAAGCUCAAGUUACCCAAGCUAAGCUUAAUUGCGGUUAGCUGCCUCGCACUGGUAAGAGGGAUCGAUCGCUCGAAAUGGAGCUCUCACCGGCGCCGAAGGGGAGGUGGGCCGACCUCCCCGAGGACAUCGCCCUCGCCCUCGCCUCCCGCCUCCAGGAGGCCGACGUGUGCGCGCUCGGCGGCUGCUCCCGCUCCUGGCGCGCCGCCUGCGACGCCGACUGCGUCUGGGAGCGCCUCUUCCGCUGCCGCUGGCCGGCCGCCGCGGCGGAAGCGGCAGCAGCAUCCCGUGUGCAGGGAUGGAAAGCUCUCUACAUCAACCAACACAGAAGAAUGGGUGUUGCAAUAUCCAAUGUGGUUGAAUUUGUGGGGAGCAGCUUAAAUAACGGGUGGCUUGAAUCUGAAUGUUAUUUGAAAGCUAUUGCUGAUCUGGCGUUGACGGCUGAUAUAGGAUUUCUCGAUGUCCAGUUUUUUUUGUUUUCAAGGAAUCAUAGUGCAAUAAUAAACCUCAUUGGAUUGCACUACUCAAUUGCAUCUUUGCAUGUUCCGGUGAGUAAAGCAUUGCUGGUGAUUUUGCUGCAUUUCUCUUAUGGCUAAACGGGCUUCAUAUUGAAAGAACUCUACACUGCUUCAUUUCUAUAUUGCUAAAGCCACUAUUUUUCAUUGCUUUACUCCAAACCUUGUAUAGGCAGAUUUAUAAUUGCGAUGUUAGAAAACUGUUUUGGCCCCAAACUUGAUCUUAUAUCUUCUACAGAAGUCAGAAAUAGCUACACUGUGCUCAAGCUUAAUUCUGGCAACUUCUAUGUUUUUUUCUUUGAAGCAGUCAUGUCUUGAUUGGCUGUUUUGCAUAUCAUAAGUCCGUAAGAGUUAUUAGUAGUAACUUUUUAUAGGCAUCACAUAUUUUCUCUAUUUUAUCAUUUACCACUAUAUGCCUGAUGUGCAAUGUAUCACCUAUCAUAAAUCAAAGUAUCAUAA